GACAAGAACCGGUACAAAUACCGAGUUGAAAUACAGCAAAUGAUGUUUGUUUCUGGGGAAACGAAUGAACCGCCCGAGCGUACCACUGAUUUGAUCGAAGAUAUAGUGAGAGACCAAGUUGUGGCUUUAUUGCUGCAAGCACAACGUACAACCCAAUCACGGGGCCAGAAAUCUAUUUUGCCUGAAGACUUGAUUUUCCUGAUAAGGCAUGACAAGGCCAAGGUGAACAGACUACGUACGUAUCUAUCGUGGAAAGACGUUAGGAAAAAUGCUAAAGACCAAGAAAAUGGUGACCUCGCAGCUGCUGCCGCUGGAGGUGGGGAUCUAUUAGAAGAAGCAGCCAACGCCGGUAGUGUUGGGGGAGCCAGUAGUGUUGAUAGUAAAUUGCUGGCAGCCAAGCAAAAGAAAAGCUUGAAGUUGCCGUGGGAGCUAGAGUUUAUGUUUACCGAACAACCUUUGAACGGAGGCUUGAACGGGGUGGUGGAAGAUGAGAAAAUUGACGAAGAGGAAAGAGAGGCCGUCUUGGCACAGAUAAAAAGAUUAAAACAGAACGAUGAACGUACGAAGGACAUGACACAACAGGAGUACGUCCAUUGGUCGGAAUGCAGACAGGCCAGCUUUACCUUCAGAAAGAGUAAGAGAUUCAGAGAAUGGUGUGGAAUAUCGCAGGUUACAGAAAGCAGGCCGAAUGACGAUGUCAUUGAUAUUUUAGGGUUUCUAACUUUUGAAAUGGUGUGUUCGAUUACGGAAGAAGCUCUUAAAGUGAAAAGCUCAAUGGACAGUCUUUCUGAAGAGCGUGACGCCCGUCGCUACCUCUUCAUGGAACCAAGCAACGACAACAAGCCGAUUCAUGUCGAGCAUAUCCAGGAAGCGUGGAGACGAUUGCAAGAGAUUCCUAGAAGUAAGAAGGCAUUGUACAAUUUCCGUGGUGGCAGAAUGUUGCGGACGGUGAGGUUGAUA